CGUGACGUCUCCUUAGCCGGUAACGUGUGUGCGCUGCUGGGAGCGAGGGGUCGGCUCCGUCUCCACCCGGAGCUUCUGACGUUAGGCGGGGGCUCCUCAACGGCUCCUCCUCCGGUUAUCCUUCAACUCAGCGCUCCGUGCUGCUGUCCGGCCCGCUCCUCGGCUUCUUCUUCCAACCUGUCCUGUCAGGGUGGCCUCUGCUCCCGGCCUCACUAGAGUAACCUCAUCCAGCCACUGGUGCCCCCCAAUGUGGCCUCUCUUGUAAACCCCAGUCACCAGUGUGCCCCACUCUGUGUGAUCACCAGUAUACCCCACUCUCUGUGUGAUCACUAGUGUGCCCCACUCUCUGUGUGAUCACUAGUGUGCCCCACUCUCUGUGUGAUCACUAGUGUGCCCCACUCUCUGUGUGAUCACUAGUGUGCCCCACUCUCUGUGUGAUCACUAGUGUGCCCCACUCUCUGUGUGAUCACUAGUGUGCCCCACUCUCUGUGUGAUCACUAGUGUGCCCCACUCUCUGUGUGAUCACUAGUGUGCCCCACUCUCUGUGUGAUCACUAGUGUGCCCCACUCUCUGUGUGAUCACUAGUGUGCCCCACUCUCUGUGUGAUCACUAGUGUGCCCCACUCUCUGUGUGAUCACUAGUGUGCCCCACUCUCUGUGUGAUCACUAGUGUGCCCCACUCUCUGUGUGAUCACUAGUGUGCCCCACUUUCUCUCUGUAAUCACCAGUGUGCCCCACUCUCUGUAAUCACCAUUGUGCCCCACUCUCUGUGUGAUCACCAGUGUGCCCCACUCCGUCUGAUCACUAGUGUACCCCACUCUCUGUGUGAUCACUAGUGUACCCCACUCUCUGUGUGAUCACUAGUGUACCCCACUCUCUGUGUGAUCACUAGUGUGCCCCACUCUCUGUGUGAUCACUAGUGUGCCCCACUCUCUGUGUGAUCACUAGUGUACCCCACUCUCGAUCACUAGUGUACCCGACUUUCUGUCUGAUCACUAGUGUACCCCACUUUCUGUCUGAUCACCAGUGUACCCCCCUCUCUCUGUGAUCACCAGUGUACCCCCUCUCUCUGUGAUCACCAGUGUACCCCCUCUCUCUGUGAUCACCAGUGUACCCCCUCUCUCUGUGAUCACCAGUGUACCCCCUCUCUCUGUGAUCACCAGUGUACCCCCUCUCUCUGUGAUCACCAGUGUACCCCCUCUCUCUGUGAUCACCAGUGUACCCCCUCUCUCUGUGAUCACCAGUGUACCCCCUCUCUCUGUGAUCACCAGUGUACCCCCUCUCUCUGUGAUCACCAGUGUACCCCCUCUCUCUCUGUGAUCACUGAUCACUAGUGCUCUCCAGCUCUCUCUUGAGACCCCCUUACUUGGCCCCCUCUCCCCACCUCCCUUUAUCCCUAGUGGGGGUCACCACUGAUCAGCAGCGCAGUGUUUGUCUCUCGCCCACUGGCCAUGGCAUUGAAGUCGGGGAAGACGUUGGAUCUGGAGGGGAAUUGCGUCUUGUGCUGUCAGGAGCUGGAUAUAUUCGCUAUUGGGAAAUGUGACCACCCCGUGUGCUUCCGCUGCUCCACCAAGAUGAGGGUGCUGUGCGAGCAGCGGUAUUGUGCUGUGUGCCGGGAGGAGCUGGACAAGGUGGUGUUUGUUAAAAAGGUCUCUCCGUUCUUAAGCAUCAACACUUCCCAGAUGCAGUGCGAGAAGAAACACGACAUCUACUUCAGUGAUAGCAAACUCUUCUCUCUGUUCAGGCGGUUGCUACAACAUGAAUGUGACCUGUGCCCUGAGAUGAGACCCUUCCACGCCUUUGCUGACCUAGAACAGCACAUGAGGAAACAUCACGAGCUCUUCUGCUGUAAACUCUGCUUAAGGCACUUGAAGAAUUUUACUUAUGAGAGGAAGUGGUAUUCACGCAAGGAACUCGCUCGUCAUCGCAUCCAAGGCGACCCCGAGGACACGUCCCACCGCGGCCAUCCUCUCUGCAAGUUCUGUGACGAACGUUACCUUGACAACGAUGAGCUGCUAAAGCAUUUACGCAGGGACCACUAUUUCUGCCACUUCUGCGACUCUGAUGGCGCCCAGGAAUACUACAGUGACUACACUUUCCUGCGGGAACACUUCCGUGAUAGUCACUUUCUGUGUGAGGAGGGACGGUGCAGCACAGAGCAGUUCACACACGCCUUUCGGAGUGAAAUUGACUACAAGGCACACAAGACCUCAUGCCACAGCAAGAACCGCGCUGAGGCCCGCCAGAACCGCCAGAUCGAUAUUCAGUUCAGCUACACACCCAGACAUAAUCGCAGGGCUGAGGGUACAGUUGGAGGGGAAGAUUAUGAAGAGGUGGAUCGAUUUAACAGGCAGGCAAGAAUGACAAGGGGGGUAGCACGUGGAGGUCCGCAGAACCGUAGGGGAAGCUGGAGAUAUAAAAGGGAAGAGGAGGAUCGGGAAGUUGCUGCUGCAGUGAGAGCAUCAGUUGCAGCCAGAAGACAAGAAGAAGUUGGGAGGAAACAAGCACUUGAAAAUGGCGAUGGAUUGAAAAGUAGGAUGGAGGACUCCAGGGAUCCUGAGGAAGGGCGCAAAGUGAAACCUAUCCCCAAACCUAUCCCCAAACCCAUCCCCAAACCCUCUGGUGAUGCCACAGGUCCAAAAGAACUGAAUAUGAUGUCAAACACUUCCAACCGCGUAUUGAAUCCAGAUGAUUUCCCUGCCUUUGGUUCUGCAGUGACUGUACCACUGAGUGCUCCAAAACCAGCUCCUGUUAAACUGAAGGAAGAAGAUUUUCCAAGUCUGUCCUCCACCUCAAGCUCUUCCUCAGCAUCGACCUUCUCUGCUGGGCGGACAUACUCUACUCGGUCCACUAAUGCCUUCAUGGAGGAGGAUUUCCCAGCCUUGGUGUCUAACAAGAAUCUUGGUAAACCACUGUCUGCUGUCACUUCUGCGUGGGCAACGUCUUCCUCUAAAAGCACCACAAAAACGCCUUCUACUGUUGCUGCUUCAAGCAAAGUAUCCAAGAAAGCUUCCCAACCAAACAUCCCAAAAGCCUCCAACAAGAAAGUUUACAAGCCUCCCUCCUUCUCCGAAGAUGAAGAUGACAGCACAGGGGUAACGGCACAGGAAUUCCGUAAUGCUCCGACCAUGAUGGAUAUCUCUAAGCUGCUGACUACUCCAAGUGGGAAAGGCAGCAAGAAAAAGCGAAUAGGGUCAGAGAAGCCCAGCAGUCCAGCCACGGUUCAGACUAUGGAAGACAGGUUAACGAGUUUAUCCCUCAAAGAGAAUGCCACAGAGAUUGAGCGCACUCCCACACUGCCUCCUACCUCCAUCCUCAGUGAUAAGUCAAAUACAGUGGUUAAUGGCGAGAAAAAGGUUCCAGACAAAGGAAGCGGCUAUAAAGACCCCCCUGGGUUGAAGAACUUGACUGAUUCAGGUCCAAAGUACCUGGCAUCAGAUGAAGACUUUCCAGCUUUGGUGAACAGUAGCAUGCUGAGGAUGCCACCACCAGGAUUUUCUCCGGUAGUGACCGCCGCUCCUUUGCCUCCUCCUCCAGGAUUGUCCUCAUCUGUUGGGAAACCUCCUCCAGGAUUUACCAGUGUCUCAUCUAUGCCUCCUCCUCCGCAGCCACCCACCAAACCAGUGAAAGAGGCCUCAUUCUGCACCAGGACGUACCUCAUACCUGAAAACUUCCAGCAGAGAAACGUUCACCUCAUCAACUCCAUCAGAGAUUACCUGCACAGCGACGAGUCCCAGUUCAAUGAAUUUAAAUCCCAUUCUGGCAAGUUUAGACAGGGACUGAUCUCCGCCUCAGAGUAUUACAGAAGCUGCCGUCAACUUCUCGGGGAGAACUUCAGCCUGAUCUUCAACGAGCUGCUGGUGCUUCUUCCGGACAACGGUAAACAGCAGGAGCUGCUCGCUGCCCACCAAGAGCUCCGACUGGAGCAGAAGCAAAGUUCCAAUAAGUCCAAGAAGAGCAAGAAAGCCGCCUGGAAAACGGACUCCAGCUCCCCCGAACUGGACUACUCCACCUGUCCCUCCUGCAGCCAGGUGCUGGCCCCCCAGGACGUUGCCCAUCACAAGACGUUGCACCUUGAAGACAAUGACUUCCCCUCGCUCCAGGCCAUCAGCCGGAUCAUCAGUUAGGCUCCGGAGCACCUACCCCAGGUUUUGGGUGUGCACUUAAAAGGAAAGAGGAAAAAAAAUAUAUAUAUAAAUGCACCAAAAAUACCAGUAAUAGUAAAAGUGGAAAUGUGGGCAACGCCAGACAGCAAUAUGGCCGCCCAGUGAUAAUAAAGUAAAUUAUUACGGUACUCUGAGUGGCCGAAUCAGUGAUGAUAUGAUGACGGUGCUGUAUGUGGAGGGCUCAGAGUUGGUGCUACCCUCUGAAGAGAGUGACCGUGCCAGCCGGAGGCAGAACUGCAGCAAGUAGUGACUACCACGUCCGAAGGCACAAGGCGCGGCUUAUUUUACGUUGCAGAGUCUGCCAAGAGUCGCUGUUGAAUAGGCGGGAUCAUGUUUUGCUUCACUGUAUGCAUCUUGUUGUUUAUUUUUGGGCCCAUUUCUACAUAAUCAGGUUUUUGUUCAUUGAUGCAUAAUUGAUUUUACGGCCCGCCAUCCAGUGAUUUUUUUUUUUGUGGACGCCGGUGCCUUCUGGCCACUGGAUUGAUAUUUUGUGUGUUAAAGGGACCCUAGGCCCCGUAAUCUGUAUUAUCUACAAUUGUUGGGGGGUUAAAUGCAGUCUGCUGCUACCUGUUAUCAGCCAUUACUAGCUGGCGAGAGGCUGACCGCACUGUGCCUCCGCUAAGGAGAAGUCCAGAGUAACUCCUGCCCCUAUGGCCUCAUGCACACGGCUAUUGUGCGGCCGUUCCGUACAUUGGGGACCACAAUUGCGGUACCCAAUGCACGGGCAACAUCCAUGCAGCGGGCCGGACCCAUUCAACUUGAAUGGGUCCGUG